AACACAGAGAGAUGGGAGAGAUAAAGACGGAGGACAAGUUUUUCUUCGAAGCGACGCGUAAUGCAUAACCUUUUUUGACAAAGAAGAAGAAAUUUGCUGAUCAGUUUGAAAGUAGCAGCUUCAUUGGUAAUGCCCAGGAAAUUUCAUGAGAGUUUAAUUACACAGUGACAGUGACCCAUUCAAACCAUCUUGAUCCACUUCCUUAAUAUAAAGCUCCUUACUCACAUGUCUCUCUGCACUCAAUAACUUCCGACCCUUCUUCCUUCAAAGAAGCUACCAAGAUUUCAAUCUCUUCCAUGGCCAUCCCAAAAAUCUCCUUCACCUCCCCUUCUUCCCAUCCUUGGAUUCAUGAUGUGUUUCUGAGUUUCAGAGGGGAAGAUACCCGCAAUACCUUUACCGGUCAUCUACAUCACGCUCUCAUUGAAAAGGGGAUCAAAACCUUCAGAGAUGACGUAGUUCUUCAGAAGGGAGACGAAAUCUCCCCAGCACUUUUGGAAGCCAUCGAACAAUCUAAGAUUUCCAUCAUCGUCUUCUCUAAGAAAUAUGCCACGUCCACGUGGUGCUUAGAUGAACUUGUCAAGAUUCUCGAGUGUCGGAAAUCGAUCGGCCAAAUGGUUCAACCCAUUUUCUACAAUGUGGAUCCUUCAGAUGUGCGGAAACAGUUUGUAAAAGAUCUCGAUAUGCAUGAAAAUAAAGUCAAGGAUGAUAUACAAAGGGUGUUGAGGUGGAAGGUGGCUCUCAAAGAAGCAGCCAAUUUGUCCGGUUGGCAUUUGAACAAUGGGCAUGAGUCCCAUUUUAUCCAACGCAUUGUAGAAGAGAUAUCAAGUAUAUUAGUGAAGUGCACAUUUUUAGAUGUUGCGAAGAACCCAGUUGGAUUAGAUUCUCACAUAAAGGCCAUUAGUAAGUUGUUGAGUGUUGGGAAUGAUGACGUUCGCAUGGUUGGAAUCCAUGGGAUUGGUGGAAUAGGUAAAACCACUAUCGCAAAAGCUGUAUACAACUCCUUUGCUCUUCAAUUUCAAAGUUGCUGCUUUCUUGCUAACGUCCGAGAAACUAUAAACCGGUCCGACCUUGUUCCAUUACAAGAAACACUUCUAUCUGAGACCUUGCGCAUGAAUACCAACUUAAAGGUGGGAAGUGUGGAUAGAGGAAUUACUGUAAUAAAGGAGAGGCUCUGCCAUAAGAAGGUUCUUUUAGUUCUUGAUGAUGUCAAUGAGGUGGAACAACUUGAGAAAUUAGCAGGAGACAAGAAUUGGUUUGGUCCAGGAAGUAGAAUCAUUAUUACAACCAGAGAUCAACAUGUGCUAGAUACUCAUGGGGUAGAAAGAAGAUACAAGGUCCAAGAAUUAAGUGAUGCUGAUGCUCUUCAACUUCUUACACUACAAGAAAUUGCUCCAUUUUCAGCGGGUCAAGUCGCCGGAAAAAAUACAAUGCAGGUGCAGAUUACAGAUGAAGGUGCAGAUUGUAGAUUGCAGAUGCAGAUGCAGAUUGUCUAUUGCAGAUGCAGAAACAUUUCACCGGAGUUUAAAAUUUGGCUUUUUGCGACUAUAAAUCUGUCGCCGGAAAUAAAAAUAGCCGCAAAUAGCUAUUUUUCUUGUAGUGUUAGUUGGAAUGCUUUCCGUAAGUCUUAUCCUGAAGAAGGGUAUAAGGCGCUCAUAAAUAGUGUGGUUCAGUACGCCAAGGGCCUUCCCUUGGUUCUAGUGGUGUUGGGGUCUUUCCUAUGUGGUAGAAGCAAACCUCAAUGGGAAAGCACAAUACGUAAAAUUCAAAGAAGUCUUGACAAAGAUAUCUAUGAAAUACUUAAAAUAAGCUUUGAUGCACUGGACGACAAUGAGAAGGCUAUCUUCCUUGAUAUUGCAUGUUUCUUUAACAGAGAAUGGAAAGAUUUUGUAACAAAAAUUUUGGAAGCAAGUGAUUUUGAUCCAGUUAUUGGAAUACAAGUUCUCAUCGAAAGAUCUUUGGUGAAUGUUGAUCAGCAUGCCCGAUUGCAGAUGCAUGACGUGAUACAAUUGAUGGGUAGGAAUAUUGUUCAUCAAGAAUCUCCCGACGAGCCAGGAAAGCGAAGCCGAUUAUGGUCUCAUGAGGAUAUUCUCCGUGUUCUUAAGGAAAAUACGGGAACUUAUAAUGCAAUUCAAGGCAUAAAGCUAGAUUUGUUCGGGCAAAAGCUUAGACUGCUUAUAAUCCGUCAUGCACGCUUUUCAGAGAGUCCUAAAAGUUGGUAUAAUGAGCUAAUAUUGCUUGAUUGGGAUGGAUAUCCAUCACCAUCUCUGCCGUCCAAUUUUCAUUCUCAGAAACUUGUUACUCUCAACAUGAGUCACAGUAAAAUCAAGCAAUUCAAAGGAAUAGAGGUAAAUAUCUUAUCUCUUUUCUAGAUUUUAAAAUAAGAAUUCAGAUGUAUAGAUCAAUUUUUCUUUUAAAAAAAUUUACUUGUUAAAAAGAAAUUAUAUUGGUAAUUCUUGGAAGCUGAUACAAUAUUGUUCCUUUCACCUUUAUUUUCCAGGUUUUUGAACAUUUGAGGGAAAUAAAUUUUUCUUACUGUAAAUACUUGACGUGCAUCCCUGAUGUCUCAGUGAUGGCAAAUCUUGAGAGUUUGAAAGUUGAGGGCUGUCGCAAUUUAGUUGAGGUUCAUCGAUCUGUUGGAAUUUUAAACGAACUGUCUGUUUUGGAUGUUAGCCGCUGCUCUAAACUUAGACGCCUUCCUAACCUGAAGUUGCCACGUCUUAAAAUCCUAGGACUUUCUUGGUGCACAAGUCUGGAGAAAUUUCCAAAUAUUGUUGGAGAAAUUCCUCGUUUCGCUGAAAUUUUGUUUCAUAACAAUCCCAUUCUUCAAGAACUGCGUUUACCAAUUGAAUAUCUCAUUGGGCUUGAAAGGAUAGUAAUACGUUCAUGCGAUAACCUUAGAGAUCUCCCUAGAAGCGUUUCUAAGUUGCCACGUCUCGAGUAUCUUCAUCUUCGGCGUUGCAGAAACCUUGGAAGGUUUCCAAAAUCGUCGUCAUCAUCAUCAACAAAUUUGGGCUGGCUGGCUUCGUCAAAGGGGAACAAAACUCAAGAUAAGAGCCUCUCUGUUGGGUGGUUUCCAGCUUUGAAACGGUUCAGCAUCACUUACUGUAAUCUAGAAGAAGUUGAUUUCCUCGAGAGUCUUGAUUGCCUUUCCACGCUAGAAGAAUUAUGUCUAUCAGGAAACAAUUUCGUUAGCCUCCCUGCAUCAUGUAUCACUAGAUUUACCCAUUUGAAAUCCCUUCCAUUGUGGAAUUGCAAUGGGCUUCAACAAAA